AUGGCUACCAACUAUCCGAUCGUCCUUACGUCCACCACGAUGGACCUCUCGAGAUUCCCAGUGGCCCAAUGGGUCCAGGUUCAUUUGCACACUCGACCGACAGACUUCAAGCACAGCCAACAUACGAAGUCACGAAUAUGCCAAACACAUACGGCCACGGCCAGGCUUACGACGACGAGCACUCGCAUGGAUACACACCGAACCCGUUUCAGCAACAAGCGCACGAGGGACGAGGAGGACGAUCGGCCAAUGCUUGCGCCUGGUACAUACGGACCUGAUCCUCACCAGGCACAUCCGUCGCCAAACCCAGAUCUCGAAGGUGGUUACAACGACCCGCCGCCACCACCCGUGAACGCUCCGAUCAGAAGAUGGAAAACGGUCAAGGAAGUGCAAUUGUUCAAUGGCAAUUUGGUGUUGGAUUGUCCGAUUCCUCCGCGGUUGUUGAAUCAGGUUCAGCAUGCGCAACCACCAGAAAGAGACGAGUUUACACAUAUGCGAUACAGCGCGGCGACUUGCGACCCUAGCGAGUUUGGCAAGAAGCGCUUCACCCUGCGACAGCGGCUGUUUGCGAAGCCUCGCCAGACUGAGUUGUUUAUUGUCAUCACGAUGUACAACGAGGAGGACGAGCUGCUCGCACGGACGUUGAUUGGUGUCAUCAAGAAUAUCGAGUACAUGAACUCGAGGACAUCUUCAAAGACAUGGGGAAAAGAGGCUUGGAAGAAGAUUGUGGUCUGCAUUGUUUCAGAUGGUCGUGCAAAGAUCAAUCCUCGGACUCGAUCUGUGCUCGCUGCGAUGGGUAUCUACCAGGAUGGCAUUGCAAAGCAGCAAGUCAACGGCGUGGAUGUGACGGCACAUAUCUACGAAUACACCACUCAGAUGACGCUGGAGAUCAAGAAGGGCAUCGUCGGCGUGAAGAAGGGCAAUACACCUGUGCAGAUCCUGUUCUGCCUCAAGGAGAAGAAUCAGAAGAAGAUCAAUUCGCACAGAUGGUUCUUCCAAGCGUUCGGGGAGGUGUUGCAGCCCAACAUUUGCGUGCUGAUUGAUGCUGGAACUCGCCCCGGACGAAGCAGUGUCUACGAUUUGUGGAAGGCAUUCGACCGAGAGCCGAUGUGUGGUGGUGCUUGUGGUGAGAUCAAGGCCAUGUUGGAGAAGGGCAAAAAUCUCAUCAAUCCUCUCGUUGCGGCGCAGAACUUUGAGUACAAGAUGAGCAAUAUCCUCGACAAGCCAUUGGAGAGUGCAUUUGGCUUCAUCACUGUGCUUCCGGGAGCUUUCUCAGCUUAUCGAUUUGUCGCCCUCCAGAACGACAAGACUGGCCAAGGACCAUUGGAGAAGUACUUCGCUGGAGAGACGAUGCAUGGUGCGAAUGCUGGCAUUUUCACCGCCAACAUGUAUCUCGCGGAAGACAGAAUCCUGUGUUGGGAGCUUGUCAGCAAGCGGAAUUGCUCUUGGAUUCUGCAGUAUGUCAAGUCGGCUACCGGUGAGACCGAUGUGCCGACUGAAAUGGCAGACUUUAUCUUGCAGAGGAGAAGAUGGCUCAACGGAUCCUUCUUUGCUGCUGUCUAUUCGCUGGCCCACUUCUACCAGAUUUUCAGAAGUCAUCACUCCCUCUUCCGGAAACUGUUCUUCUUUGUGGAAUUCACGUACCAGGCAGUCAACAUGCUGUUCGCUUGGUUUGCUAUUGGCAACUUCUUCUUGGUAUUCCGCAUCCUCACUACCUCCCUCUCGGGCGAAGACCUUCUCGGCACGGCUGGCCUAAUCUUAUCCGUAACCUUUGAAUGGCUCUACCUGGCCACCCUUGUCACCUGCUUCGUCCUCGCCCUCGGCAAUCGACCUCAAGGCAGUAACAAGUUCUACAUGGCGCAAGUCUACUUCUGGGCAGUCAUCAUGGCCUACCUUCUCUUCGCCUCGGUGUUCAUCACAGUCAAGUCCGUGCAAGCGCAGGUCGCGACGCAACAGGGCUUUUCCGUCGAUCUCCUCUUCAAGAACAAGCUCUUCUUCACCCUCAUCAUUUCAAUGGCGUCGACUUGGCUUCUCUACCUCAUCGCCUCGAUCCUCUUCCUCGAUCCUUGGCACAUGAUCACCUGCUUCAUCCAGUACCUCCUCCUUACCCCAACCUACCUCAACAUCCUCAACGUCUACGCCUUCUGCAACACCCACGACAUCACCUGGGGUACAAAGGGUGACGACAAACCCGAGAAGCUCCCGGCCGCAAACCUCAAACCCGGCGGCAAAGUCGACGUCGCCAUCCCCACGGAUGACGCCGAUCUCAACACGCAAUAUGAGCAAGAGCUGCGCAUCUUCAGCACGAAGUACGCCGCUCCCAAACGCGUCGUCACUCCCGAGCAGAAACAUGAGGACUACUACAAGGGUUUCCGAUCGGCGGUCGUUUUGGCGUGGAUGUUCUGCAAUCUGGCGUUGGCGGCGAUUGUGUUGAAUGCGGGUGGUAUGGAGAGAGUGACGCCGCAGAAGGGUGACGAUGAGGACGAGGCGGAUUCGCGCGCGGUGAUUUACAUGGCCGUCGUGCUGUAUUCGGUCGCGGCGCUGGCGGCGGUGAGGUUUGUUGGGGCGUGUUGGUUUUUGGUGACGAGGUUGUUCAGGGGUGUUUAG